AUGGAAGACCAGUUUCGUCCCGAUGGGAUUAUGGAGAAGGAUGCUCCUCUCCAGCCUCCCGCAACGACCCCGGGGAUUCAGCACAUGGGUGGGUGUGACCCCAAUAACGAAAGCACCAACAGCACCGAUCCCCUUCAGCCGUUGGAGAUUGAUCUUGAAAUGCCAAAUGCCAGACUUGUAGAAGAUCGAGUAGUGAACACGCCACUGGAGCAGUAUGCCGUCCCUGUGGAACAGCAGUCCAAGGCAACGGGAGGUUCUGGCAGCAGCAAGUUGCCGCUCAUUUAUAUCAUCGUUGCCUUGCUUGUCGUGAUUGGAGUCAUCCUGGCAGGAGUCUGUGGCAGUGGCAACUGCAGUAGCAGUCAGGGGUCCUCUAUGGAUGGACCCAGUCCCAGAGACAUGGAAGGCAUGGAAAUCAAAGCCCAGUUGGAGAAAACGUUUGGUCCAAUCUACUUUGGUGGUUCUUCCACAGACAACACGGAACCGCAUCAAACAGCACUCGAUUGGAUCAUUCAGGAGGAUCCUCAACAAUUGGCUCCGGAUUCCAACCAUCUACUCCAACGUUUUAUUUUGGCAGUCUUCUACUUUAGUACCUCACAAAAGAGCCCUUGGAAUUAUUGUGGCGCUGGUGGACGAGACUUCUGCUACUAUAAGAUUCUGCAGCAACAUGAAGUGCGAGGAGAGCCAUGGCUAUCUGAUAUUUCCGAAUGCGAAUGGGCUGGAAAUAGUUGCCAGGGCGAGACAGAGAACAUUACCGGAGUGGACAUGUUUGGUAAUGGUCUCAGUGGUCCUAUUCCAAGUGAACUAGGGUUGCUGCCCAACCUGGAAACGAUUCGACUGCGCAAACAGAAUUUGACUGGUACCAUACCUUCUACUCUUUUGCAACUCACUUCUUUAGAGUCGUUGUCGCUUGAUGAGGGCAUGCUGACGGGGACGAUCCCCUCUGGGCUCUAUUCUUUACCAUCGCUGCAGCGAAUCAAUCUGUAUUCCAACAAAUUUACAGGAACAAUCCCAACUGAAGUUGGCCUUUUUCAAGGAUACCAGUUUUCCCUCUCUAGAAAUCAAAUUACUGGGACCAUUCCUCCGGAACUAUUUUCUGCCAAGACGAAUCUUAGGUUCGUUUCCUUGGGUCACAAUCAGAUUACCGGCACUAUUCCCACGGAAAUUGGUCUAUUACCUGGUGUUGAGGGUGGUAUACCAGAAGAGAUUUUCCUAGGUUGCCCAAAGUUGAUUAGUCUCGAUCUAGAAAGUUGCAGCUUGUCCGGAACGCUGAGCUCCAACAUGGGAUUGCUCGAGCGCCUCUGGGCUUUGAAGCUGGCAAACAACAACUUUGAGGGAAGCAUACCAGAGGAGCUUGGAGCCUUGACCAAACUGAAACACUUUACAACCAAUGGAAAUCCUGAACUCAGAGGGAGUAUUCCAGAUGGCAUUUGCUUUGAAAACUUAAACAAUCCACGGGGAUUUGAUGUUGUUGCAGACUGUGCACCCACCACCGAUACAGCAAGUGAUGGUUCAACCAUUACUGGAGAGCCACUUGUAUCGUGUCCUCAACGAUGCUGCAGCGUGUGCUGUGAUGCUGGGACUGGAAUAUGCUUAGAACAGUAG